CGCAUUGUCCUCCCCCCAUUUCUGUGCAUCACCCACCCAGCCUUGUCCCUUCCCUGCCUGCAUCUCCCCCCAACCCAGCCUCACCAUGAGCUACAGCAGCGACCUGCUCUACCCACCCUCCUCCUACAAGAAGAUCUUCGGGGAGUCCCCUCGCCUCUCCAGCAGGGUUUACAACAGCUCAGCCGCUCCCCGGGCUGCCGGCUACCGCGCCCCCCCUGCCAGGGACUCCUACGCCUCCUCCUAUCGCAAGCUGGCCGUGCCCAGCUCCGUGGACCACCUGGAGCUGCUGUCCCAGCCCAGCGCGGUGAGCAACGAGCUGAAAAUCGUGCGCACCAACGAGAAGGAGCAGCUGCAAGGGCUCAACGACCGCUUCGUGACCUACAUCGAGAAGGUGCAUCAGCUGGAGCAGCACAACCGGCUGCUGGAGGCCGAGGUCUCGCUGCUGCGCCAGCGCCAGGCGGAGCCCUCCCGCCUGCAGCAGCUCUACGAGCAGGAGAUCCGCGAGCUGCGCUCGCAGGCGGAGGGGCUGCGCCACGAGCGGGACGAGGCGCAGCUGGAGAGCCAGCGGCUGGCGCAGGGGCUGGAGCGCCUGCGGGAGCAGUGCCAGGAGGAGGCGCGCCGGCGGGAGGAGGCCGAGCUGGCCCUGCGCGAGUACAGGAAGGACGUGGACCACGCCACCCUGGCCCGGCUGGAGCUGGAGAAGAAGGUGGAGGCGCUGCUGGACGAGAUCGCCUUCCUCCGGAAGGUGCACGAGGAGGAGGUGGCGGAGCUGCAAGCCGCGCUGCAGGAUGCGCAGGUCUCGGUGGAGGUGGACGUGAGCAAGCCUGACCUCACGGCCGCCUUGAAGGAGAUCCGCAUGCAGUACGAGGUCCUUUCCGCCCGGAACCAGCAGUCUGCCGAAGAGUGGUACAAAUCCAAAUUCGCCAACUUCACCGAGGAGGCGGCUCGCAGCAGUGACAGCAUCCGCCAGGCCAAGGAGGAGAUCACGGAAUACCGGCGCCAGCUGCAGGCCCGCAACAUCGAGAUCGAGGCACUGCGGAAUGCCAACGAGUCCCUGGAGAGGCAGCUGCAGGAAGCGGAGGAGAGGAGCAAUGGGGAGAUCCAUAAUCUGCAGGAGACUAUUAACCAGCUUGAAAAUGCUCUAAGGACGACCAAGGGAGAGAUGGCUCGCCACCUCCGAGAGUACCAAGACCUGCUGAAUGUGAAAAUGGCCCUGGAUAUUGAAAUAGCUGCAUACAGGAAAUUACUGGAAGGGGAGGAAACGCGGCUAAGCACCAUCAGCAGCGGGAACACCUUCGGCCUUGGCUACACGUUCUCGUCUAGCCCCUUCUCCGGCGCAAAAGCCUUCUCCACCAGCACGGUCACCGUCAGGAGGGAGGAGAAGCGAGACCUGCAGGAAAGCAUCAAGGACCCCAGACUUUCAGAGGAGCCAAAGCCUGCCGAGGAAGAUCAGCCCGGAGAAGAGAAGGUCGAAGCCGCCCCAGCCAAGAACUAAACUGGAGCGAAAUCACUAUGCGCCUCCCCAAGGGGAAAAGGAGUCCCUCACAGGCGAGAGAUUACGUUGUGUCCUAAUGUAGCCAAUUACAGUAACACUGAGCGGCAGCCUUGUCCAGUGGCUAGAGCUCCGGACUGGGACUCAGAGACCUGGGUUCUAGUCCCAGCUCUGCCACUGGCCUGCUGGGUGACCUUGGGCAAGUCACUUCACCUCCCCGUGCCUCAGUUUCCUCUCUCACCGUGUCUAUGUAGAUUGUAAGCUUCUCUGGGCAGGGACUGUCUCUGGCUAUGUGUUUGUACAGCGCCUAGCACAAUGGGGCCUUGAUCUCCGUUGGAACCUUUGGUGCUACUAUAAUAAUGCUUGUAGAACAAAGGUAUGUAUCUGCGUCCCGUGCCCUCUCCAGGCUAGACUUCCAGGCCCUCAUCCCCUUCACACUGCACAUGGUGGUAAAACAUUCUAGUGACUUCAGCGGGGUCAGAAUUGGGCCCCUACAUAAGUGUCCAGGGCUUCAGAGCCCUGACCCCUCGCUCCCACACUCUGCAGUGCACCGUUAGCUGCUCCAACCCCUAUUCUCUCCGUUGCAGUUUAUAGAGUAGGCUCAGGUGAAUGGGAGGUUGGCUGGUGCAGCUAGAUGCACAGGGCCAAACCUUGGUCCCUGUUGAAGUAAAAUUGAAACUCCCAUAGAUUCCAGGGGACCAUUUUAUUGGCCCAAAGCCUGGGAAACUUGGUCCAGUUGCCUGAAAGGGUUGGGAGCCAAAGCCAGUAAAUACCCUAUGGAAACCAAGUGGGUGUAAAUGGUUUGUUGAAAGGCCACUAGACACACCUAUUAUUCAGCAAUAGCUAGAGCAGCGUUUCCCAAACUGUGGGUCACCACCCCGAAUAGGGACGGAACAUCAGCAGAUGGCGAUCCCUAGUGUUCAGAGGACACCAUUUUACGCUGCACAGCGUGACCUCGCACAUAUGGUGCGUGCAAGGUCACGAUGCCCGGAGGGCGCCAUUUUGCUCUACAAAAUGGCUUCCUCCGCACAGUGAGCCCUCGUAUGCACUGCAUGGAUGAGGUCAUGCUGUGUGGAGGAUGCUAUGUGGCUCUUCAAAAUGGCAUCCUCCAGGCUGUCUGGAGUCCCGGGAGGAAACAAUUCAUUAAAAUGGGGUUGUGCCAGCAAAAGGUUUGGGAACCCUCACUCUACACCUCUUACACCUUGUUCUGCCUUUCCUGGGUCGGCUUAGCUAUACCAGCAAACCCUUUCUAGUGUAGAUAAGGCCAUGCAUGACAAGAGGAGAGAGAGAAUAGCUCUGCUUUAGGGCCAGAUUCAUUUACUCACACUGAAUAGCACCUUACUCCAUAAGUGGUCUCAUUGGGGGUACUAGCAAGGGUAUCAGUGUAAAAAAAAAGGAAAAAGGGGGGUAUUAAGAAUCUGGCCCUUUGAGAUAGAUUUUCACAAGAGCACACUUGGCGUGUUUGGUGUUGAGCUUUUCUGCCAAUUUAGCCCUUCUUGAUUAAUAGUGGAUUUAUAGCUCUUCUUUAAGAAAACAGGAUUUCGGGAGCGUAGGUCAGAUUGCAUCAGUAAUAUUUUCUGGGAACGGCCAUCUGAAGACGUGUAACAUCUGAAACAAUGAAGAUGUCGCGGAAAUUCAGGUGCUGUAAUUAUGAUACAGAGAGAUGGUCUGUAAACAGUCUGAUAUCUUUCAGUUCACAUCCGGGUGGUGUUUGUCUGUGUCUCCUCCAACCCACGAAUGUACCCAGGGGGCGGAAAAGAAUUGUAUCAUGAAAGUGAAUGUUCUGUAGAAAGAAUUAGCUUGAUAUUGGGGGGAGGGAUAGCUCAGUGGUUUGAGCAUUGGCCUGCUAAACCCAGGGUUGUGAGUUCAAUCUUUGAGGGGGCCAUUUAGGGAUCUGGAGCAAAAAUUGGGGAUUGGCCCUGCUUUGAGCAGAGGGUUGGACUAGGUGACCUCCUGAGGUCCCUUCCAACCCUGAUAUUCUGAAUGUAGGGGAGACCGCGAUUGAUCGCUGGGAACACUAGAGUUCAGCUUGAGGUAGGCUUAAAACUUUAAUCUAGAGCUGGUCAUAAUGCUUCCGAAUUUCAAAACUUUGACAGUUUCAGAAUUUGACCUUUGAAGGGGAAAAAAAUUGGGAAGAAACUUUCUCCCCAUUUUUCAGUCAACUGGAGAUCGGUCGAAGUGUUGCGUUUCAGAACAGAAAGAGAAAUAUUUCACACCGUUCUUUUGUGAAUGAUUUGACCACAUCAACUUUAGACCGUUACUGAAUGCAGAUGCCUGGCCUAAUCUAGAGUAUGUAUGUGUAGUGGAAUGUAGACUGAUCAUAAGACAGUGGUUAUUGCAAGUGUUCUUUAAUAGAUAUGACAUUUUGGAUUGAGGUAUCCUUUUGCAUGAAGCUACCUUUCAGAUCAUUUGAAUGUGACUUUCCUCUUUUUCCAUUAAAAUAUUCUUUGUUUAUUUGGCAGUUAAAUGAAUAGAAAAUCGAACCCCCAAUAAACAGUGUGUUGGUGUCUGAACAAAAACGUUA